AUGAAGUUCUUCACCGCGCUCACUAUCGCCAGCGUUAUCGCUCCGGCCGUUGCCGUCCCUGCUACUUACCCUGCCGUUAGCAUUAAGGCUGAUGGCACUUGCAUCAACCCUCCCAAGAGAGUUGAGUGGAGAGAGCUUAGCGCUGCCGACCAGAAGGGUUAUAUCGAUGCUGUUCUUUGCUUGAAGACUAAGCCCUCUCGCAUUGGUCUUAAGAAGUCUACUCUUUACGAUGACUUCCCUUACGUUCACUUUAAGCUCAACGACUGGAUCCACGGAGCCGCUCCAUUUCUUCCCUGGCAUAGAUACUUCGGCGUCGUCUACGAACAGGCCCUCCGAGACUGCGGUUACAAGGGUCCCGGAACAUACUGGGACUGGACAAAGGAUGCUGCAAAGGGUCUUCUGAGCUCACCUCUCAUGUCCGAUAAGAACUUCGGUGGCGAUGGAACCUGGGAUCGAACCGAGGAAACCACUUCCGGCGGCACUCGCAAGUGUGUCAACACCGGGCGCCUCUCCAAGCUCCGCCCCUACUACCUCGAAGACGAGCCCAAGGUUCUCGAAAGCGGCGGCCACUGCCUAUUCCGCAGCAUGCCCGAAGUCUCUGAGCCUGAGGCCUACCAACAGAUGGUUCCUACCAUUAGCAAGAAAAACAUCGACGCGCUUGUCAACUCCAAGAACUUCACUUACUUUGCUCCCACCACCGAAGGCGGUCCUCACGGCUCCAUCCACGCUUCUCUCGGUGGAGAAAUGAACCCUACUACAUCCCCCAACGAGCCUCUUUUCUUCUUGCAUCAUGCCCAGAUUGAUAGAAUCUGGUGGAUGUGGCAGCAGAAGAAGGCUGGUCGUGAUGCUGAGUACACUGGUCAGGGUAUGCAGUAUCCUAGCCGUGAGCGAAAGGAUGUUAAGCUGGACGAUGUUUUGAACAUGUGGGGUCUUGCUAAGGACUUGAAGAUUAAGGAUGUUAUGAAUCCUUCUAAGGGUCCUUUGUGUUACCGCUACUAA